GAAAGCCUUGUGUUCCCUGAGAAGUUAGACGCCAUGGAGCUGGCGAUCCGCGCACAGAACAAAGAGCUGGCGGAGCUGCGGUCCAUCCAGCAGGACGCGCAGCUCUCCAAGGACGCCGCCAAGGUAGAUUUGCAGAAACAGGAGCAGGCCCAUUUCGAGGCGAAGCGCAUGCGCGAGCAGACGCUGAACGAGAAGAAGAAGCAGGUGGAAAAGCAGAAGGAGUUUGCGGAGAAGGCCGAGAAACGGGCCCAGCGUGCCACCUUCCAUGCCGACGACCACGCCCACGACAACCAGGUUUCCCACCUCUCCAUCACCAAGAGCGCGGAACAGAUCCAGACUUACGAGGAGGCUUUCCGCCUGAUCAAGGAGGCAACUGUGGUCUUUGACAUCAACGACAUCGUGUGGCAGUUCCAGACGCAGGACGGCACGACCCGGCACCUGGAGAAGCAGUGCCGAGACGCCGAGCAGCUCCGAGCCAAGCUGCGGGAGGACAAGGGCAGGGUCACCGCCGAGUUCGAGCAGCUCAAGUUCAGCGGGGAGGCCGGGCUCUCUCAGAACGUGCUGCUGUUAGAACAGAUGGGAGACCACGUGAAGCAGGAGGAUGAGCGGCUGUCCCGUGCGCAGGCCCGGCUGGAGCGGACUCAGAACGUGCUGAGACAGGCCACAACCGGCAUCCACAACCUCAUGGGCAAACUCAGCAGCGUCAAGAUCAGCGUUAAGAAGUUCCCGGUCCCUUCGAGUAAGAUGGAGGUGCGGGACCAUCUGGACGUAUGCGAACAGAAGCUGCUCCUCCUGAUGAAACAGCUGCAGCUCAAGGUCGGGCCGCCAGGGGCCGAGAGGGACAAGAAUAUGGCGAGCUCUGGGUUCCAGGCAUUCCUGGAAGGCGGCCUGCGUAAAGACAACGUUAGGAUCACCGUGGAGAAGGAGGAGUCGGACUAUGAAGAUACGUACGAGUACGAGUCGCAGGAGCACGAGGAAGCGCUGUCCCGCUCCGACAUCAAGCGGCUGGGAGACCAGCUGUUGGACGUGCACAGGCCCAAGAAGAAGAAGACCAAGAAGUCGAAGAACUAGACGGCACAGUUAUCGCUCAAAUGAUGCUUGAAAAAAAAACAAGUUUGACAAAAAGUUUAAUCUCUGCUUUUGAUAGUUCUUGCUUCCACCGUUGAUUCAGGACAGAGAAGACUAAGGAGGCUAAAAAUUAGACGCCACUAACCCGC